AGUAUACGAGUUUCAGCUAGCCAUAGUCAAGAAAAACAGCCGAGUUUUUCUUCUUCUAAAAAACAAUGGUGACUGUCGAUGAAGUCCGCAAGGCGCAGCGUGCUGAGGGCCCUGCCACUGUCUUAGCCAUUGGCACCGCAAACCCACCCAACGUGCACUACCAAAGCACCUACCCAGACUACUUUUUCCGCAUCACGAACAGUGAGCACAAGACGGAUCUCAAGCAGAAAUUUCAGCGCAUUUGCGAGGGAUCUGCGGUCGAGAAGCGUCACAUGUACUUCACAGAAGAUUUGCUUAAGGAGAACCCUAAUAUUUGUGAAUACAAGGGGACUUCCCUAAAUGUUAGGCAAAAGAUGGUCGUUGAAGAGACACCCAAGUUGGCCAAGGAAUCAGCCCUCAAAGCCCUAAAGGAAUGGGGUCAGCCCCUCUCCAAGAUCACCCACCUUGUAUUCUGUUCGACCAGCGGUGUAGAAAUGCCAGGAAUUGACCAUCGGCUUAUCAAGCUUUUAGGUCUGCAACCAUCAGUGAAGCGGGUCAUGAUGUAUCACAUAGGAUGUUAUGCUGGGGGCGCUGUGCUUCGUGUGGCCAAAGACCUGGCAGAGAACAACAAGGGGGCUCGUGUUCUUCUUGUCUCUGCAGAGCUAACUGUGAUCACUUUUCAUGGUCCGCACGAGACACACUUGGACAACCUAGUGGGUCAGGCAAUUUUUGGUGAUGGUUCGGCAGCUGUUAUUAUUGGUUCGGAUCCAAUACCUGGGGUCGAGAAACCCUUGUUUGAAUUGGUUUCAGCAACCCAAAAUCUCUUACCGGAUAGUGAAGGAGCUAUUGUGGGACAUCUCCGAGAAGCAGGGCUUGUAUUCCACCUUAGCAAGAAUGUCCCUAAGGUAAUUUCCAACAAUAUAGAGAAGGCCCUACUGAAGGCAUUUGAGCCUUUAGGCAUCACAGAUUGGAACUCCAUUUUCUGGAUUCCCCACCCAGGUGGUCGAGCUAUAUUGGACCAAAUUGAGGCCAAGUUGGGUCUUAAGCCUGAGAAGCUCCAGGCUGCAAGAGAGAGUUUGGCUGAGUAUGGAAACAUGUCAAGUGCAUCUGUGCUAUUUGUCAUGGAUCACUUGAGGAAGAGGUCAGCGAAAAAUGGUGCCAAAACGACCGGGGAAGGACACGAUUGGGGUGUCCUUUUUGGUUUUGGACCUGGGCUCACACUUGAAACAGUGGUUCUCCACAGUGUUGCUAUUUAGAAAGCAUUUCUCUCCUCGGAUGUCGGGUUUUUCCUGGGAGGUAGUGCAUCUGUGCAUGCUCCGUUUUACUUUAUUUUAUUUUAUUUUUUUCGUUUUCCUAAUAAUCAUGGGUCCGAUGAAGGUGGUUUUGCAACCAGAUCUUCAUUUGUUGUCAUUUCUUCUUAAUCUGUGUAUCAGAUUGGAAUGGUCUUUCGUUAUAGUAUUGGCGUUGGGUUUGUGACGCCUUAUGAAUAAUUAAUGAAAUAUUCAUGUUCCCAUAAAAAAGGAAGCAUCUUGCUUCCAAAAUAAGUUGUUUCACCUCAA